UGCAUACGUAUAUGUGCAUAUGCAAGUGUAGAUACUAUGUGAAGCGCGGGGCGCACAGCGGCGCCUACUAUAAUAUAUACGCGGAUACGGCGGCGAAGCGAACGAGAGUGGUAGAAGCGUGCCGAGUGCACAUACGACGAGCGAGCGAGUGAGCGUGCGCGCCAACGAACGAACGAACGUACGAGCGAGCGAGUGAGUGAGCAAACGAACGCGAGCGGCACGCCAACGGUAGAGCGAGUUAAGCUCUCGCAGCAUCCCGAUAAGACGCGACCGUUACCCGCGAGACGCGACGCGACGCGACGUGACGCGACGCGACGCGACGCGACACGGCACCGCCGCCGCCACGCCACGACGCGCGCAACCGGCGACGUUAAGGAGCGCGAUAUCAUCACCCUUUGUCUCACUGCCGACGGGAACGGAGCCGCGCCGAUUGCGCGAGUCAAUCGAGUAAAACAAGACAAUAAAUAUGUCAGACGAUAAUUCACCCGUUAUGGAGGAACAAAAGAAGAAGAGGGGUAGGCCCUCUAAAGCAGAGAAGAAUGCAGUUAAAGAGCCCAAAAAGAGGGGAAGGUCUGCUGUGGAAAAAAACAACGCGGUACGCCCAGCAAAGUCUGACAACGAGGAUGAUGCGCCACCAGGACCUGUUAAAAAGGGAAGAGGUCGACCUAAGGGUUCGCACAAGAAGAAGCAAGGACCACCAAAAGGCACGACUACCGCGCCACGUGGUCGCGGGCGACCAAAAAAAACAGAAGAGAAACCCGAGAUCACUGGUGAAGAUGAAGAUGAACAGGAAGAGGAAGAGGAAGAAGAGGAAAACUGAAGCGUUCAAGAAUGCAAUAGGGGUGGAUGAAACUAACACAUCUGACUUAUCCUUCGAAGGUCCUUUUUAAGAGAAAAAAAACUAAGCCAGUUGAUCAAAGUUCGGUUUUAUCCAAAUUUACAUUUCCUACUGUAAUUUGGAAAUUUCCGAGGGAAAUUUCAAAACGCGGUAAAAGUGGUGAUGGUGGUGGACACUGUUCUCUCACCGGUUACCGGUGCCGCCCUAGAAAUUCUAGUUAUCGCGGUGUACAUCGCCACACACGGCAAAUUUGAGGAAGAACGUUGGAUACGAAAGUUGUGUUACAAAUUUAUUAAGUUCUUUUGUAUUUCUUUCACAUUACUAAUAUUCAUAAUGAUCCAUACUUUUAAGUGGUAAGACUACAUGUGUAACUAUCUUUGACAGUAAAAGACUGGAUUGUAAGAUGCAGAUCUCAAAACUUUUCUUUUCUUCUGUUUGUCUACACGAAAGAUUUGAUAAACUUUUUUUAAAAGGAAUAGUCUAAUAUCACACAUGGUAUAGUAUUGUGUCACAUAUUUGCUACCUCCUUUUCUCCUACAUAUGUGUAUUACAAUUCGUGAAGCCAAAAACUUCAUACUGAUCUAAUAUUGUAAGAGAUAGAAAAAGGUAAACACAGAAAAAAUGUUAAAAACACUACUGUAUGUAACAUAUGCAGGGACUAUUCUUUUCUAAUUAAACAUGAAUAUGUCUAUAUUAGUGUCAUUUUUGAGGCAAGCAUAUGUGUGAAUGUCAAAUUUGUAUUAAAGUAAAUAAACUCGAAGUACUCUUAUUAAAA